CAAGAUUAUCUUCCACAUUUGCCUCGCCUCCCUCCGUUGAGAAGAUGAGAUCGGGCGAAAAACUAAUAACCAACUUGAGAUCCAAUGCUACACCUCUCCGUUCUCUGUCCAUCUCUCCAAUCGAAGCCAACUCUUCUCCACUACAGCCUCUUGGUUCUCUGAAAGCCUUCUCUCUCUGUAAAACCCCAAGGAAUAAAGCUGCUGUGAAACCGCCAUCUCACACCAUAACACCUGUUUCCACAACCUCAAGAGGCUCUAAACAGAUUCCACCUGCUGCACAGGUUGAGCUGAGUCCAGUCCACUCAUUCCUUACCCUGGAGGAUUCCACCCAGCCCUCCCCACGCAUCCCUCCAGACCUCCAGGAGGAGCAGAGAGGUGUCAUGAACAAAACCAGCCCAACAUCAUUUGAAAGGAGGUCUGUCAUCUCUGUGACAAUGAGCCAAUCCUCUCACAUAUCUGUGAGCAACAUGGCCCUGAUGUGCACUGAGCUAGAGAAAACACCAGCAAGCCAGAAAGGAAGUAAGGUUGAGAGACUAGAAUUUAAGUCAGGUCCAACAGCCAUCCACAAGCAUCUCACCCUGAGCCACUCCGCUAGUCUUUCAGAGAGAGAUGAGGACAGUGGGGAGGACAAAGAGAAUAAGGCUCCUUCUCCCUCGCAGCUAGCUCUGAAAAUGAAGCCUAGAACGCUGUUUGUGCCUACUAAUAAAUCCUUCACUCCUAGUAAGGGCCCCAAUACUAAACCGCUGGUGAAGGAUCAGAGCAGCUCGGAGGAAGAAGAGGAGGACAUAGUCACAGAGAACGGGAGAAGAAAGAGAAGUUACCAGAGAGGCCUAAAUAAAAGGGCCAAGGAAACAACAAUAUCCACUGAGGAAGUGGAGACACUGUCAUCUUGUACAAGGUCCAGCUGCAGGCAUGCCAGUGUGGAGGCAGACAUAGACCUGACCCAGCCUGCUCAGCAGGUGGGCUUUAUCUGCCAUCAGUUCAGCUCAGAGCUUAAGAGGAAGAUCAAGAAUCGAUGCAGGACAAUGGAUCUUUACACCAGGCAAACUUUGAAGACCUUAGGGCAGCACAUGUCAUCUGUCAGCGUCCAAGUGCACCAGUACAGUACUCAGAGGCUGGAGAAAGUUAAACAAGUCCUGUUGAGCGAAAUAGCAAACCUGGAGCAAGAUGACAUUGUUUUGGGAAGCAUGGAAGAGGAAUUGACGACUUACUGGGAGAAGCAGACCUUGGCCUUCCAUGCUUACCAAGAGAAAGGAACCAAGAGAUUACAGCAGUUGAAAAGCACCAUUCAGACUGACGCGUGUGAUAGUCUAGAGUAUGAGAAACAAGUCUUCUCUGUGGAGAUGUCUUUGAUGAAGAAGAGCAUGAAGUCAGUUCAGGAGCAUUUCUUCAAAGAAAUACACGAGGAAGAGUUGACGAGUGUGCGAAGAGGACUGCAAUCCUUGUUCUUCCCUGAUGCAUCAAGGUUCUGACUUGAGGGA